CGUGCUAACGAUCGAAGCAAAGGAUCGAUUCCAUCAGGGAAUUCUAGAAGAAUCAUGUGGGCAGCGGGCAAUAACAAUGACGAUGGUGAUUCGAAAGAGUAGCAGUAGAGCAAUGACAUGCUUAUUUCUAUCUCAAUUACUUCCUCCCACGCUCUCUCACCAUAACCACUCCUUUUCCAUUUACAAAUCCUGUCGCUCUCUCUCUAAAACUCCCUCGGAUUUUCUAGGUUCAAUCUGGUGUCCCACAGUCUGUGCAGCUCGUACAAUUCGUUCAUUUAGUUCAAAAUUCAGCGAAUCCAGCACCACCGCAAGAAUGCAAAAUUCAGAGUCCAUAUCAUACCUAACUCAGCGAGAAGCUGCUGAAGUCGAUGAGAUUCUCAUGGGCCCGCUCGGCUUCAGCGUCGAUCAGUUGAUGGAAUUGGCUGGAUUGAGUGUUGCUACUUCAAUAGCCGAGGUGUAUAAACCUAGCGAAUACAGUCGUGUUCUUGCAAUCUGCGGUCCAGGGAAUAAUGGCGGUGAUGGUUUAGUGGCAGCUCGUCACUUGCAUCAUUUUGGAUACAAACCUUCCGUUUGUUAUCCAAAACGGACUCAAAAACCUCUUUAUAAUGGUCUUGUUACUCAGUUGGAAUCACUGUCAGUCCCUUUCCUUUCAGUGGAGGAUUUGCCUGUGGAUUUGUCUGAAGAUUUUGACAUUCUAGUAGAUGCAAUGUUCGGGUUCUCAUUCCAUGGUUCCCCAAGACCACCUUUUGAUGACCUAAUCCAGAAGCUGGUGCAAUUGUGUAAUUUUGCUCAAAAUCACCAAAAAUCCACUGUAAUUGUGUCUGUGGAUAUUCCAUCUGGAUGGCAUGUUGAAGAGGGUGAUGUUAGCGGUGAGGGAGUUAAGCCUGAUAUGUUGGUUUCUUUGACUGCUCCAAAAUUGUGCGCAAAGAAAUUUACUGGUCCACACCACUUUCUAGGGGGUAGAUUUGUCCCACCAUCUAUUGCGGACAAAUUUAAGCUGCAUCUUCCACCUUAUCCAGGAACUUCCAUGUGUGUCAGGAUUGGAAAGCCUCUACAAAUUGAUAUAUCAGCUCUCAGACAAAACUAUAUUUCUCCAGAAUUGCUUGAGGAGCAGGUGGCAGCUGACCCCAUUGAUCAGUUUCGUAAAUGGUUUGACGAAGCAUUGACUGCUGGGUUGAGGGAACCAAAUGCUAUGGCCCUGUCAACUGUUGGAAAGGAUGGAAAACCCUCAUCAAGAAUUGUGUUGUUGAAAGGAGUUGACAAGGAUGGGUUUGUUUGGUACACCAAUUAUGAAAGUCAAAAGGCGCAUGAAUUAUCUGAAAAUCCCCAAGCAUCACUCCUCUUCUACUGGGAUGGUCUUAAUCGGCAGGUACGAGUGGAAGGAUCUGUGCAGAAAGUUCCUGAUGAGGAAUCAGAACAGUACUUUCAUAGCCGUCCUCGAGGGAGUCAAAUUGGAGCAAUAGCUAGCAAGCAGAGUACUAUAAUCCCUGGACGGCAUAUUCUGCACCAAACAUACAAAGAAUUAGAGGAAAAAUAUUCUGAUGGAAGUUUGAUUCCAAAACCUAAACACUGGGGAGGGUACAGGCUUAAACCACAACUUUUCGAGUUUUGGCAAGGACAGCAGUCUCGUUUACAUGACAGGUUGCAGUAUAUUCCUCAAGAAAUUGACAGAAAGCUAGUUUGGAAGAUUGUGCGGUUAGCUCCCUGACUAGUACUUCCAGCUUCCUCAUUGUGAAGCUUGUCAUUCAUGAUGUCAUGGUACUUUGUUAUCUGUUGCCCGUGUUUAGUUAUUUUGGUACAAGUAGCAAAUAGUAUAAUUAUGUUCUCUGUCUUUUCUGUUUAUUUGAUUGUGUUGCUAGACUUCCAAAAGUCUUGUUAGUAUACCCAGGAACAUAAAUUCUUAUUCAGCGAGGAACCUUGUACCGUAAAUUUUGAUCUUGGAUCGCAGAUCUAUUGGCGAAAUAAUUGAAGUGAAAGGCAUGGGUCGAGGUUGGGUUUAAA